GCGGAGCGCGGCUUUUUUUUUUUUUUAAUGCCUCCUUUGCCAGACCGGGUCCUCCCAGCCUAGGCGGCUGAGCCCGGGAGUUGCUCACGCUUCCCCCACCGCGUCGCGGAGAGUUGCUGCCGAGCGGGGCGCUCGGCGUGCGGGGCGCCAUGGCUGGUUACGAGUACGUGAGCCCGGAGCAGCUGGCUGGCUUUGACAAGUACAAGUACAGUGCCGUAGACACCAACCCACUAUCUCUGUAUGUCAUGCAUCCAUUUUGGAACACUAUAGUAAAGGCAUUUCCUACUUGGCUGGCUCCAAAUCUGAUCACCUUUUCUGGCUUUCUGCUGGUUGUAUUCAAUUUCCUACUUCUAGCAUACUUCGAUCCUGACUUUUAUGCUUCAGCACCGGGCCACAAACACGUCCCUGAUUGGGUGUGGAUUCUGGUAGGAAUUCUCAACUUCACCGCCUACACACUAGAUGGUGUGGACGGCAAGCAAGCCCGGAGGACCAAUUCCAGCACCCCUUUAGGGGAGCUUUUUGACCAUGGCCUGGAUAGCUGGUCAUGUGUUUACUUUGUGGUCACUGUGUAUUCCAUCUUUGGACGAGGAUCGUCUGGUGUCAGUGUUCUUGUGCUCUAUUUCCUGCUCUGGGUCGUUUUGUUCUCUUUCAUCCUGUCCCACUGGGAAAAGUAUAACACAGGAAUUCUUUUCCUGCCUUGGGGAUAUGACAUUAGCCAGGUGACUAUUUCUCUUGUCUACAUAGUGACGGCAGUUGUGGGAGUUGAGGCCUGGUAUGAACCUUUCCUGUUUAAUUUCUUAUAUAGAGACCUAUUCACUACAAUGAUUAUUGGUUGUGCAUUAUGUGUGACUCUUCCAAUGAGUCUAUCCAACUUUUUCAGAAGCUAUAAAAAUAACACUUUGAAACAUGGUUCGUUCUAUGAAGCUAUGGUUCCCUUCUUUUCUCCAUGCUUGCUAUUCGUUUUGUCUACAGCAUGGAUCUUCUGGUCUCCCUCAGAUAUUCUAGAGCGACACCCUAGAAUAUUCUACUUCAUGGUUGGAACAGGCUUUGCCAACAGCACAUGUAAGCUGAUUGUCUGUCAGAUGAGCUCGACACGCUGUCCCACGUUGAAUUGGUUGCUGCUUCCUCUUUUCUUGGUUGUCACAGCGGUCCACAUAGGGGUCCCAUCCCACACCGAGAGCCUCCUGCUGUACGCGCUAACAGCCGCCUUCACCCUGGCCCACAUCCACUAUGGAGUGCGAGUGGUGAAUCAACUGAGCAACCAUUUUCAGAUUUACCCCUUCUCGUUGAAGAAGCCAAACUCAGAUUGACUAGAAAUGGAAGAAAAGAAUAUUGGCCUGUAAUCUUCAGAAAGAAGUACUGUAAAUAAGAGGGUUGUAAAUAUUUCCUCCAUCACCAUCGAACUCGAAACGCAUCUGCUCGACAGACGUGGGAACUCGGCGUGGGUGAUACCUGGCCAGCAGGAAGAUGAAGUUGAUAGACCGUAUGGAAUCUUGGGCCUUCUGACUCCCAGCUGACGUUACUUUUUAUAAAACCAUGUGACAAUUUAGUUAAGUAUAAUGUAGGCCGGCAAAGUGUUCCGAGUGAUUUUAGCUUGAAUCCAGAAUGUUUUGGUUGAUAGAGGGGUAAAGAUGCUUUUAAGAAACAUUUUUUUUUUUUGGUUAAUCCACAAAUUGGUUUACUAAGACUGGUACUCUUCAGAAAACCGCAGUAUGUUUUCACAUUUGGUACUUGGUGGUAGGCCUUCAGCCGUGAAAGCGUUCAGGAUCCCAAACCCAGUGUAGGGAAAAGAGCGAGUUACCUUCAGCCAGAGAUGCCAAAUGAUACGGAACAAUGUUCAGUUGCCAAAUACUGAUUUCUCUUUCCCAUGGAAAUGCCUUUUGUCCUCCUGUGUUAAGAGAGCUAAUAGAUCUCUAGUACCCAGGCUCUCUUUGUUAUGAAAAAGUUCUUGAUAAAUAGCUUAAUUAAAAAAAAUAAAUAAAAGUCUGUUGAGACUUAGUAGAGAAUGGACUAUCCUUGUAGCUCCCCCAACGGCAUGUUCAUUGUUUAAAUGCGGCAUUUCCCCCCUCAGCUGCGGGUCACUGAGAUCUGGUGCCUGUGAACUCCCCUUACCCGAAUGCAUGGACUCCGCCCUGUCUUGCAGUGAUUCCUCGUACGAGACACAUAGACGCCUCCUUAGAAUCAAAUUUAAUACAGAGUUAGGAAUCUCGUGACUAACUAUGAAAUUACGACCAUGAGCCUCACUACAAAAUUAGUUUUCUGGUUCAAGUCGCCCCUCCCCCUCCUCUCUUUUUGUGCAGGAGACGUUGUUUUCAAUUUAUACAGGAUAAAGACGUCAGAGGAAAUCCUCUCUCCCAGCUUUCCCACUCGGGAGCGUUCCCGCUAUCUCUGCCUUACUCACUGGGGUGCCCUUUCAUAGGACCGGCAGUAAUCCUGAGGUUUACUGACAAACAUACAAUUUCCUUUACUUUAAUGUGAUUGUUUUAUAGAUUGUACCUUUUUCACGAAUGUGGAUAUUUUCUAUUAUUUUCUAUCUCUUUUUUACCUUAUCUUUAGUUUGAUGGUAGUAAAUUUAACAUGCCGGUUUCCUUUUUAUUUUCCACUGAAUGAAGUUUGUGCUUGAAUGAAGAGUGUAUCUUAAACCCUUUAUUUUGUUUUUUUGGACGGAUUGCACUUGGAUAUAAUAGGCACCAUUCUGUUGAUAAUGUAAUUAAAUUUAUAAUCACUAUUUAAUCGAUGACUAUCAUUAACUUUAAUUAUAAUGUAUUCCUUGAAUUUCCAUGUGCUGCUUUGUAAAAAUAACUGUAAUUGAUACUUCAGGUUUUUUUGUUUACUUGUAAAUUCUAAUCAUUAUCAUUCAGGUUAUUGGAAAUGAGUCAAGGAACUAACUCAUGAUUCUGUAUUCAUUUUAAAAAAUUGUUCAUAAAAGUUGAGGUGACUUUCUGAAAACAAAAGUGACUAUUGGAAUUGACUAGUGAGAAAUUGAUACAGAAAAACAUGAGUAAUGAUUUCUUGUUUAUUAAUCAGUUGCCAUCAUGGAGGUCUGAGCAUGAAACCGUUAAUUGAAGGUCACUAUUUUUUGUUUGUGUACCUGUUCUUAUCACCUAUAAAAUUGAGUUGGAUAAAACGUUAAUUUGGGGUAAGGACAAAUUUUAUUUUAAGGUUUCUAAGUGAAUACUUUUAUUGUUUUUGUUGACCUUGUCUGCAAAAAAAAGAGAUUAACCUAUGUUAUAGAAGAACAUAAUUGAUAAAUAUUUAUAAAAUGAAAUUUGGACCCCAGGCUUUCUUCACCUUGGAAAAUCAGUUAAAAAACAAAAUUACUCUUGGGUCAGAGCCUACAGCGGGUCGGACUUUGUCUUGCGUGGGGCCCACCCAGGUUUGAUCCCCUGCACCCAAUGUGGCCUUCCGAGCUCACCAGGAGGGAUCCCUGAGCUAGGACUAAGCCCUGAGCACCCAGAGGUGGCCCAACGGCCCACCCCCCAAAUACUCUUUACUGGUCUAGGGUCAUGGUCUGUAUUUGGGGACUAUAUUACCUCAGAAUGUGUUUCUAUUCUCUUGCUGUUGCAUCAGAUUUAUCUGAAAAGUGUUUCAUUGCUUCCUCAUCAUCAGUGGCUCCUUUGCCUCCAGCGAUCAUCCUUUCGACACCUUUAGGUAAAAGAAAGUUAAAGGAAACAGAGCAGUGAACUGUCUCACAGUCCAUGAGCUUGUGCGUGCGGACUACCCCUGCCCCGUCUUCCUCCUGGUCACCGUGUGGGCAGGGAGUGCAUCUGGCAGGCCCUGCAGCUGGUGGGGCCCACCCACAGAGCUGUCAGGAGAGCUGCUCUGAGGCUUCCAAAGUCUCACAUGUGUCCGGCUUCCAUACGGGAUUUGGGGCUGAGUCGAUAGCCAGCACACACAGAGCUGCCUUCUGGGGCACGGUGGCGUGCUGGCUCAGGGCCGGUCUCUCUACAUCCAGGGCCGAGUGCCUUAGCCAGGACGGAGGUCAGCUAGGUGCCAGUCCUGUGAGAAGUUGUUUUUCAGGUUGCAGUUUGGAAAAUGGCCUUUCGUGCUUGUCAGAAAAGAAUCCCUCUCUACUUGAGGGGGGUUUGAAAAGCAAAAUCUAAAAAUAGCUGGAGUAUGUUAAUGCUGCCUUUCACAAUUCUUUAAUAUGAUUCCUGAUUUUACUGCAAUGCCACAGUUUAAAUAUUGCCACAAUUUAAAUUGUCAUUCCUUCAAUGAUGCAUAAUAGAUGUUGUCUAGGAGUUUUAGUCCUUUUUCUCUCAUCUUCUUUUUUUUUUGUUUUGUUUUGGUUUGGUUUGGUUUGGUUUGGUUUUGGACCACCCCUGGAGGUGCUGAGGGCCUGCUCCUGGUGGUGCUCAGGGUUUACUCCUGGUGGUGCUCAGGGGACCAUCAAUGACCGGGAUUUAAUCUAGGCCUUCUGCAAGCAAGCAUGUGCCCCAACCCACUGAGCUAUCUCUCUGGUCCUAUAAAUUUUACACUUCAGGGUAAUGGAAUGAAUCAUUUCCAAAUUAAAAAAAAAACCAAACGUUUUGUCUUUUUGUAUUUUAAUGCCACCGUGAGAAUAACUUUUUUGUUUUUUGUUUUUGCUUUUUGGGUCACACCCAGUGAUGCACAAGGGUUACUCCUGGCUCAUGCACUCAGGAAUUACUCCUGGCGGUGCUUGGGGGACCAUAUGGGAUGCUGGGAAUUGAACCCGGGUCAGCCGUGCCCAGGGCAAACGCCCUACCUGUUGUGCUAUCGCUCCAGUUCCUGUGAGAAUAACUUUAAGGGGCCAGGGCUGUGGGUCAGCAAAAGGGCACAGGCCCUGGGUUUGAUCCCCAGUACCAGUAGACAGGGAGAGGAACAAUGGGGAAGCAUGUGAAUUAAAAUAACUUCAAAAGUAAGUGCCUAUUAUGGUCCCGGAUGUCUUAGUUUAGCGUGUCAUUUGUUCUAGUAAGAGUUUCUGAGAAGAAGACUGUCUAAAGUUGCCCACAUCCUGAAUAGAUACCCAUGGGGUAUUGAUCCUGACAGCAACCUGGGCAUCCCAGGGGAAUAUGCAAAGAUGAAAAACAGACCAAGUAUUCACUUGAAAGGGGAGAUGGACUCCCCAGGUGUCAAUGCUUGUGAAUGCGAAAACUUCUCUUUGACAGUCAUUUAUUCAGAAUAACCUCAUGGCCCUAAACAGAUUUUGAUUGUCUAACACAGGAAGAAUUGAAAGGAUGAUCCUAAGGUAUCUGAAUCAAAGCUUGCUUCCCCCUUUAUAUUUUAACCUGAAAAUUGCGUUUCUAAGUCUGCCUUCCGCACCAGCCGCUCCUUUGAGCCAGGUCCUGCCUAGGCCAGAGACUGCCCACUUGCAUUGUUGCUCCAAAUUCUUGCCACGUCUAAUCACCAGGAUCUUCUGACUAGUCCAGGACUGGGCAGAGGCCAGAGGGAACAAAGUCCACCUCCAGGGUGAACACGUUUAACUGUGGGUUCCCAAGUAAGCCAAAAGAGACGGGGAGACCUUUAAGUGAGGGGCCAUGUUCCAAGUGGUCUUUACUUUGCUCUCUGCUGUGAGAAAUUGUGGCGUCAGGCUAGAGUUUCCUCUGUCCUCUGCAGCAUCUUUGUAAGGCAGCAUGUCAGUUUCAUUUUUGAACGCCUAAUGGAAUAAACUUAAUCGUUUUGCUGCUAGCUCUAGAACCUUCCAGGAGGAAUUUGAACUAGUAUGCUGCAUUUGAGCACUGAUGCGUGUAAAGUUCUAACAGUCAGAUUGUGUGAAAUUCAUCACUGAAAUAGAAAAUGAUUCUCUGGACUUUUUUGGGCAGCUUAAAUUUCCGGUUUUCCUUUUUUUAGGUAACCCAUAUGACUUGUGUGUUGUCCUUUUCAUCUCAGCACUGGUGCAAGUGACUGCCAUUGACAGUUAUUUUAGAACCUCUGGCAAAUCAUGGUUGUCUAACUUUCCCAGGCAAAGUGGCACUACUCUUGAUUCUUCCUCGGGUAGAGCCCUGGGAAUUAGAUUUAUGGAUUAAUUUUCCAGUGUUUCUACAGUGCAAAAAUAAACGUAAUCUUACUUUUAGCCUGUGUGACUAGUAACAUACUUGUUUCUUAAUAAACAAUUUUGUGAGUGAGAAUGGCAUCUUGCUCUUUUGGCUUUGCUUUUUUUUUUUUUUUUUUAAUUUUUGGGGUCAUACCCAGCGACGUUCUGGCUCUGCACUCAGGAAUUACUCCUGGCGGUGCUUGGGGGGACCAUACGGGAUGCUGGGGAUUGAACCCAGGUCUACUGCGUGCAAGGCAAACGCCCUACCUGCUGUACUAUCGCUCCGGCCCUGGCUUGGCUUUGCGGGGCCGUUACUCUUUAGGCUGGUAAGAGGAGUCCUUCUGUUAGUGACCCUUGCCUGCCUUUUGGUUGGAAAGGCUGGGCUCUCAGACUUGGAAAGUGGCAUAGGAACAGAUGGUCUAGGGAAAAUGGACAUGACAGCAGGAUUGUCAGUUCUGCCAUGGUCCAUUGGCAUUGCCUUAGAGCAUCCAUCUCCAUUCCGGUGAUGCUGUCAAUCAGAUAGUGGCCAGAGACGCCCAAGUUCCACCAAAAUCGAAGUCAGUGUUGCCAACACAGAGGCUGGUGGAGAUGGAAUCCCCUGGCGUGUGGCUCCCUUAUGGGUCUAGUGGGGUCUUCUCUCGAGCGAUUGCUGUGGAUAAACUCAUGAUCUUUUUUUUUUUUUAAUCAAAGCAGAUGUAAUUUAUCAUGAAUUCUAGAUUCUGAUACUCUUGACAGGUCCUUUUUACUUCUAAAGAGUACAGGUUCGUGACCAGGACCCUGCCAGUGAGUUCUUGGCACGGCUAAGCAGGCUGCAUAGACGAGGCCUCUCUGAGCUUUGCAAGGUCAGGGAGUGCUGGAGUGUCAAUGUCUGAAGCACAGGAACCUUUGAGCUUGAAAAUGACUAAUUAAGACUGCCUGCAAUAUUCACAUUUUUGGCAGGUUAUUUUGCUUAGAAAAAUAUCAUCGGAGCAGCUAUUCAGGAAACAGAGCUGGCUGCCAGGGGUUUGCUCAUUCAAAGACGUGCCAGGAAAGCAGAAUUCAGUAUUGACCGCCAAAUUCCACCCUCUUUUUUUUUUUUUUUAAGUAGCACUUCCUCUGGUGGCACCUUGAGGAACACAGUAAAUAAUUACCUGGGUAGGGGCCAAAGACAUAGUUCAGUGGGAAGGGCACUUGCCUUGCACGCAGCUGACGUGAGGUUUGCCCCCGGCAUCCCAUAUGGUCCCCCGAGCACCUCCUGGAGUGAUUCUUGAGUGCAGAGCCAGGGGUGACCCCUGAGUACCGCUAGGUGUGGCCCCCAAACAAAACAAACAUGACCUGAAUAUACUUUGUCUACCUGCCUUGCCUUUCCCACCCGGCUCGCAGAUAAGAUUGAGGGUCACAGAGGAGGACAGGGGUCCUUCCCGCGUGAGGGUUCAUGCCCUGUGACUAAGCUCGAAGUAGGCGUUCUUCGCCUGGCCCUGUUGGAGUUUGCUUCCUGCAGGCUUAGGACACAAAGGGCCAAUGUCAUCCUUUCUCAGGAACCCCGGGACACCAUCACCCCAGUUGCUGAAGUACGUUGAGUACAAGUUGAAAAGAGGCCAGAGGAAGGUGACUUAUGAAGAGCCGAAACCUUGCUUUCUCUUUCGGGCAGUCUUGUUGGGCGUGUGCCUGUCCAGGGGUGCAGUGAUCGUCGGCAUGAUGUAAGGUUUCUGUGCUCUGGCUGUGUGGAGUGGACACUCUCUUGCCUCUUCUGUGCCUAUGCUGUGUGAGAGACUCUUGUGUAUACAUGCGUCUACUCUUCCUUCAGUUACCAGUGACAUGCUCCGCCCCCAUUCGGCUCCUCCUUCACGCUGAUUUAUCUGUGGUAGCCCCUAGCUCUCAAGUCUCUCCCGGGGCUGGAGCCAGUCGUUCCUCCAUCCAUUCAUCUCAGUUCCCCAAAAAAGCCCCUGGAAGCGAUCACUUGCCAUCUCCCUUGCGCUCAGGGGUUGUUGAGCCAAAAAGAUUCCAAGAAACUUGGCCCAUCCUCUGGGGUGGUCUGAAGGUUGAUGGGCCCCGUUCCUGCUACGCGGGGGGACACUUGUGCUCUGGGGCUUGGCGCGGGGCUCGGGGUUCCAGCUCUUGUAGAAACUGGGUUUCACAGCAUGUUUUCAGUCUCUCACGAGAAUGUGGGAAAUGCGGUGGGGUCCGCACGGAGCACAGUUGUAGUUACCCGCUCCUGGCCACGGUACUGCCUCAUCACCAGCCCCAACUCAAGGCCUGACUGUUCCUUGCUAUGGGAUUUAUGUUUAUUUCUGCUGCAGCGAAUCCCUAAAGUCAUGCAGUGGGUUUCAAUUUCAAACUGUUUCACUCUAUUAUUGGUAACUAUUUAUUGUAAUAAAAGUAAAGAGUAAAUGAUUUUUCAAUCCUUUUCA